AAAAACACUUUACUUCAAAUUUUCACCUUUUCAUGGUAUUUUGCGUUACUCGUCAACCAAAGUCACACUCCCCUAUUCAUCAAACAAACACCUCCUUCUUCUUCUUCUUCACCAAAACCCUAAAUCCCCAAUUCGUACCAUCAAUUUCAGAUAACCGAUCUUUCUCACUCGAUCCCCCUUUCUGCACUCACCAAUCAAGUGCAGAACUAGAAUGGAGGAUUAUAUGGACCAAAGCUCCGGAGGAGACACUGACGGAAGUGAUUCCGAAGUCGAGGAAUACGUGGACGAAGCUUACGAAAACCUAAAAGGUGGAAAACACCGUGUUAAGUUAUCCGAAGAAACGUUCGCUUGCCCGUACUGUCCCAACAAGAAAAAACAUGAUUAUAAGUACAAGGAGCUACUGCAACACGCUACGAUGGUCGGAAAAAGCGAUUCAAAAAAGCGAAAUCCGAAAGAUAAAGCAAAUCAUCUUGCAUUGGUUAAGUUUCUUGAAAAAGACGUACUCGAAACCUCCGGCUCAUCGAAACCUAACGACGAAGUUGACCACCUUGCAGACCAUGAUGGUGAUGAGUUGUUUGUAUGGCCGUGGAAGGGUAUUGUUGUAAAUCUACCCGUUGAACUAAAAGACGGGCGAUACGUAGGUAAAAGCGGGUCAAACAUGCGGGACCAGUUAACCAUGAGAGGUUUUAAUCCCACGCGGGUGCAUCCUCUAUGGAACUUUCGCGGUCAUUCCGGAUGUGCGGUUGUUGAAUUUAACAAAGGUUGGGCCGGUUUUAAUAACGCGAUGUCGUUUGAAAAAGCGUAUGAGGCCGAUCAUCAUGGUAAGAGGGAUUGGAAGAUUGCUAGUGAUAAAACCGAUAUUUAUGGUUGGGUUGCGCGUGCGGAUGAUUACCGAGCUAGUAAUAUCAUCGGAGAACAUCUUCGCAAGAUUGCGGAUCUUAGAACGCUUUCCGAUAUCAUGGCGGAAGAAGACCGAAAGGCGAAUACACUUGCGUCAAAUUUGGCGAAUGUGAUUGAAGUGAAGAAACGGCAUUUUGAAGAAAUGGAGAGUAAAUUUGUUGAGACGGAAAAUUCACUAAGCAAGUUGAUUGCGGAAAAAGAUUUGCUUCAUCAAUCUUAUAACGAAGAGAUAAAGAAAAUUCAGGUUGGCGCACGAGAGCAUUUCCAAAGGAUCUUUAACGAUCACGAAAAGAUUAAACUACAGCUAGAAAACCAAAAGAGAGAACUCGAGCUUCGGGGAAGCGAGCUGGAAAAGCGUGAAGUGGUAAACGAGAAUGAGCGAAAAAAGCUUUCGGAAGAGAUUGAACAGAACGCUGUGAAAAACAGUUUGCUUCAGAUGGCGUCUGAUGAACAAAGGAAAGCCGAUGAAAGUGUCAUGAAACUAGCUGAAGAUCAAAAGAGGGAAAAGGAGGAACUUCACAAGAAAAUCAUUUUACUCGAGAAACAACUAGACGCAAAGCAAGCGGUAGAGCUCGAGAUAGAACGUUUAAGAGGGCAGUUAAACGUUAUGAAGCACAUGGGAGACGAUGAUUUGGAAGUCAUGAAGAAGGUGGAAGACAUACACAAAAAUCUACGCGAAAAAGAGGAAGAGCUUGACGAUUUAGAAAGCUUGAAUCAAACCCUCGUUGUUCAAGAACGUAAAAGCAAUGACGAGUUGCAGGAUGCUCGUAAAGAAUUAGUCGAAGGGUUGAAGGAGUUACCGAAAUCUGGACAUAUUGGUGUGAAGAGGAUGGGGGAGCUCGAGAAUAAACCGUUCUUAGAUGCGAUGAAGAGGAAGUACGGUGACAUGGAUGCGGAAGAUCGCGCUUCGGAAAUGUGUUCGUUGUGGGAAGAAUACCUCCGAGAUCCCAAUUGGCAUCCGUUUAAAGUUGUCACCGUCAAUGGGAAAUCACAAGGAAUCAUCGAUGAAAAUGACGAUAAAUUAAAAGGUCUAAAGCGCGAUCUAGGUGAAGACGUAUAUAAAGCGGUAGCAACCGCUUUGACCGAGAUUAACGACUAUAAUCCGAGUGGAAGAUACAUCACAACGGAGCUGUGGAAUUUCACGGAAGGUAGGAAAGCUACUCUACAGGAGGGAGUUUCUUAUCUUAUGAACAUGUGGGAUGCUCACAAACGCAAGCGAUUCACUUGACCGACUUUUUUAGUUUGUAGCCGAAUUUAAGACUCCACCGAUCGUUGUUUCGUCAUGACUUUUAUGUGUUAAUAAUUGUUGGUGGCUAAAUGUGAUAAAUGUUUGUUGCAUUUGGCCAUUUGUUUCUGUGUUGCACUGUUUAAGAAUAACAAUGUUUGCUUUCUGUUAAAUAAAUGGAAGCAAGUGUGUUAAUGUGUUGA